UUAGAGGCAGAAAACAGGAAAAAAAAUUCUGAACCAAUGGACUGCAGACAUAGUACAGGAGAUGACCAGAGACUGCGGACACAGUACAGGAGAUGACCAGAGACUGCGGACAGUACAGGAGAUGACCAGAGACUGCGGACACAGUACAGGAGAUGACCAGAGACUGUGGACAGUACAGGAGAUGACCAGAGACUGCGGACACAGUACAGGAGAUGACCAGAGACUGCGGACACAGUACAGGAGAUGACCAGAGACUGCGGACACAGUACAGGAGAUGACCAGAGAAUGCGGACACAGUACAGGAGAUGACCAGAGACUGCGGACACAGUACAGGAGAUGACCAGAGACUGCGGACACAGUACAGGAGAUGACCAGAG